GGCAGGGAAGCAGGGGCACCAUCGCGGCACCCUAGGGCACCCGCUGCACCGUCACUGCCUUCUGGGGCACCAACCAUGGCGCUGGGCUUGGAGCAGGCGGAGGAGCAGCGGCUCUACCAGCAAACGCUGCUGCAGGACGGGCUCAAGGACAUGCUGGACCACGGCAAGUUUCUGGACUGCGUGGUGCGUGCGGGCGAGCGCGAGUUCCCGUGCCACCGCCUGGUGCUGGCCGCCUGCAGCCCCUACUUCCGUGCGCGCUUCCUGGCCGAGCCCGAGAGCGCGGGUGAGGUGCGCCUGGAGGAGGUGUCGCCCGACGUGGUGGCCCAGGUGCUGCACUACCUGUACACGUCGGAGAUCGCGCUGGACGAGACGAGCGUGCAGGACCUGUUCGCUGCGGCGCACCGCUUCCAGAUCCCGUCCAUCUUCACCAUCUGCGUGUCCUUCCUGCAGAAGCGCCUGUGCCUCUCCAACUGCCUGGCCGUGUUCCGCCUCGGCCUCCUGCUCGACUGUGCGCGCCUGGCCGUGGCCGCGCGCGACUUCAUCUGCAGGCGGGACAAGGACAAGGGGGCGGGGCAGGAACAGAGUCCCGCCCCGGAAGCGGCCCCGGACGCGGAGGAGGCAGAGGAGGGGGCGGAGCGCGUGCUGCCAGGCAUCCUGAACGACACGCUGCGCUUCGGCAUGUUCCUGCAGGACCUCAUCUUCAUGAUCAGCGAGCAGGGUGCCGUGGCCUACGACCCUGCCGCCAAUGAGUGCUACUGCGUCUCCCUUUCCACGCAGGUCCCCAAGAACCACGUGAGCCUGGUCACCAAGGAGAACCAGGUCUUCGUGGCCGGGGGCCUCUUCUACAACGAGGACAACAAGGAGGACCCCAUGAGUGCGUACUUCCUGCAGUCGCCGCGCUGCCUCUUCGGCCUGGGAGAAGCACUCAGCGCCAUCUACGUGGUCGGCGGCCGCGAGCUCAAGGAUGGGGAGCGCAGCCUGGACUCGGUGCUGUGCUAUGACCGGCUGUCCUUCAAAUGGGGGGAGUCGGACCCGCUGCCCUACACCGCCUAUGGCCACGCGGUGCUGUCCCACCUGGACCUCGUCUAUGUCAUCGGGGGCAAGGGCAGCGACAGGAAGUGCCUCAGCAGGACCUGUGUCUACGACCCCAAGAAGUUCGAAUGGAAGGAUCUGGCACCCAUGCAGACGGCACGCGCUCUCUUCGGGGCCACUGUGCACGACGGCCGCAUCUUCGUGGCAGCAGGGGUCACGGACAGUGGGCUGACCAGCAGCGCCGAGGUGUACAGCAUCGCAGACGACCGGUGGUCGCCUUUCGAGGCCUUCCCGCAGGAGCGCAGCUCCCUCAGCCUGCUCAGCCUGGCGGGCACCCUCUAUGCCAUUGGGGGCUUUGCCACACUGGAGACCGAGUCUGGAGAGCUGGUCCCCACGGAGCUCAACGACAUCUGGAGAUACAACGAGGAUGAACAGAAGUGGGAGGGCGUCCUGCGCGAGAUGUCCUACGCGGCCGGUGCCACCUUCCUACCUGUGCGGCUCAACGUGCUGCGCCUGACCAAGAUGUGACAGCCAUGGCCACCCUGUGGCCAGGGAGGAGGCCAGGAGAGGCGGAGCUGCUGGC